CUUGUCACGUGAUUAUAUCACGUGGUAUCUUUUCUUUCUCUUUUCCAUCAUGGCUGCCACGUAUGCUGCGGUGAUCUGUGCAUUCCUUGUGUUUUUAACGUUCACUGUUCAUGGUGAGGCGUGCACUUCUCCACAAAUAUUAAAUGAGAGAGUAUAUUCAACAGAGGAGUCCUUCACUGCAUCAGAAACUGCUUUUAUUGUAGAAUUUGCGCUGUCUUGUAAAGAUGGUGAUAAGGAUCUGUUUUUACAUGCCGAUAUUAAUGGUAGACAAUAUCCUGUAUCAAGAAUAAUAGAUGGUAACAAUGAAUACCAGGUUAGCUGGACUGAUGAACAUAAAACAACUCCCACAGGACAAUAUGUAAUUAAAUUUUAUGAUGAAGACGGAUACAGUAAAUUGAGAAAAGCACAAAGAAGCGGAGAGAGUUUAUCUGAAAUAAAACCACUCUUUGAUGUACAAUUCAACCACAGGGGUGUGUCAACCGGUCCUUACGUCCAAACUGAAGUCCUAGCAGCAUUUGUCGGCUUUUCUGUCUGGUACAUGGCAUAUAACGCUAAAUCAAAGAUUCAAGCCUAACCAAGAAAAUAAAGUUCAUUUAUUAAAUUUUAA